CAUGUUUUUUUUUCCCCUUCCACACACAAUUUGAUGACGGACCACACCGCUUCCGGUUCCGACGUCAACAGAGCAGGACCACGCGUUUACGAACAGUUAAAAUGCCAAAGGUUCAGAAAGGAAAAGCUGCUGAGAAGGUUGUUCACCCGUACAGCAGGAAGGCUGCCUGCCUCGCCCGAGAAGAAAUCAGACUGAAGAGGAAAGAAAGGCAAAAGAAUGACAAAGCCAUGCGCAUGGGCAGCAUUGGUGAGAAGCUGUUAUGGUUUCAGGGACAGUUGGAUCCGGCAAAGACAGUGUACACCAGAAAAGAUGCCUGUGACAUUAUCGAAAGGUACCUCCAAAGGUUUGAUUCUGAACUUGAACAGAUCGAGCUGAUGAACAGCAUCAAGGGUCGUCAGGGUCGUCUCCAUGGCGCCAGAGAGGCUGUCAUCAAACAGACCAUUGAGCGGGAACGGGCACAGUAUGAGGGCGUUGGAUUUGAGAUCCCAGACAUCAUCAACACAAAGCAUUUGAAAACAUUCAGGGAGUGGACUGGUGAUCUGAAGAAACUUCCAAAUAUUAAACUACGAAAGGUGUCUAGCAAAGGCCUGGACAUGAAGAAUGAAGGAGAGGAGACACGUGAGGCAGAGGAAGACAGUAAUAAGGAAGAUGAAGAUGUUUUGGACGAUGAGCAGGUAGAUGAGAUGGUGCUGAUGUCGGACUCAAACUGAGGCUCUUCGUAUUUCACCAUGUUGUGUAUCAGAGUGUCAGACUUCCUGACAGUGGAACUGAACACCAGGCUGGCUUUCGUGUGCUUGUGAGAUAAUGUUGUGACUUGUCCAGGAGGUGGCGCCAAAACCCCAGAGAUGGUAAACUAAGACUUUUGUCAUUGUGUCCUCCUUUUAGGUCUUUUUGAUGCUUAGUAACUGAACACCAGCUGAGGUGGGACGGUCUACAAUCAUUAUUUAUUGCACAGAAAAAUGCAUCAUAUGUAACCUGAAUAAUCAAUUUUAUCCAGUCAAAAAUUGAAAAAGGUUUCAACAAUGGUGUUGAGUGGUGGAUAUUAGACAAAAAAAACUAUUUUCCAUGUUGUGAGAAUGACACAGAUUUAAAACACCCAAUUAAAAGUGUAAACAACAGUUGUCUGUAGUCGAUUGACUGGUCACUCACUCACCCAGUGUGUCAGUACAAACUGAGACCUAUAUGGUUUUAAUCUAAUGUAAAAACAUGAAUGGGUGGAAACCAUGAAAGCUCCAGUCACAUCAGUGUACAAAUAAUGGACCUUGCAAAGCAGGACUAUGUGAAGCUGCAAACAAAAUGACAAAUAACUUGUGAGAAAUAUUCAAAACUUUCCUAUGAUGGUAAAUAACUUCUCAAAUAUUACAUGUUUAGGUAUCAAACAUAAGCUAAAUAUAUUGUUUAAAUAAUAGUUUUUCUAUUUGGUACUGUACUUUUAUAGUGCUUUAUUUUUACACAUUGCAGUGCACUCAACAUGCCUAAUUGACCUAACAGACCUAAUUGUCCAGAAGAAGAGUUAAGGCCUCAGUAUGCUUUAAAUGAAGAACUUGAUGGAUCAUCUAACAGUGUCUCAAACCACCUUUCAAACUCUUUUACUUCACACAGCAAUUAGUCAUAUGUGCAGGUGUCUUUUCUCAAUUAUUAUUAUUAUUAUCAUGGACUAUAUCUGCCCCUUUACACAAAGACUGGCCAGAUGUACAGAAAUGAGAGUUGACAGGGUUUGAACUUUCUCUCAAGCUCUUUU